GCCUCCCAAAGUGCUGGGAUUACAGGCAUGAGCCACCGCGCCUGGCCAAGGACCUGGGCCACUUAGUGGAAUCCUGGAGAAUGAAUAGGAGUUGGCCAUGCCGAGAAGGAGGGAACGAUGCUCUAGGCCCAGACGCACAGAUGCAGGCAAAGCCACAGGCUGUUGGUUCAGACAAAAAUUGAGACCUCUGGGGGAACCAUGCCCAGGGACGAGGCUCUGGAAGUCUGCAAGGUCUUGUCCUGCCCCUUCAGAGUUAGAAGUUCAUGAAGAGCUUGAGUCUUUCUCCUGGAGGCCUCGGGGAAGCAGAGACCUCAGGGUUGGCUUGGUGUGGCCAACAUGAGGCUUCUAAGCCUCCAUUCAGCUCUGCUGGGAGAUGGAUUGGUGGAGAGAAGCAGGCGGUGGCAGAAGACAGGACAGGAUGUGAGGACAGCUUUGGGAGCUGUGCUAGGCAUGGACAAGGGACAACUCUUGCAGGGGAUCACCCAGAAGGGUCUUGAACGGUGCUGAGGGUGCCCAAUAACCCUCCUGUGAUAGCCAUUGUAGCUCUUCCGGUCCCUGGCCAUUUGCUCUGCUGGCGCCCGCCUGCAGGAGCUCUGGCUAAAGGGGCAUCCCUCACCCCUACUCCCUCAUCAGUGGCCCCUGAGACCCAUGGUCCCAGGAACCCCUCCCUGGCACUUCCGCUCCUGGGGGGAGGAGGCUGAGCAGGCAGAAAAGGGGACGUGGCCCCCUAGGGGAGCCUCGAGCCCAGUUCCAACCAGCGGCCCACUCAGUGAGGUGUUCCGGAACCCAUGUCCCCCGCCAGCUGCGGGGGUUCCCUCUCCUUCCUCUGCCCCUCCUCCCAUCUGGGGAGCCCAGCGGGUACCGCAGGGGCGGACCGAGGCGGGGCCACCGAGCGUUUAAAGCUGGACCCGCAGGGGACCCACGGCUCGCCUCUAGCCUCCUGCCUCCUGGGCUCCGGUACCCGGCGUCCCAACUCCGCCGCGCGUCCAAACCCAACCGAGCUGGUUCGUGGCCCGCCCCGCAGGGCGGCCGUCGACUCGAGCGCCCUGGCGCCGGGCCGGGGGGUGCGGGAGGUUCCCGCGAGCCGGCUGCGGCUGGCGCUGCCGCUCCUCCUGCUCCUGCUGCCGCUGCCCGCCAGCGCCUGGUACAAGCACGUGGCGAGUCCCCGCUAUCACACGGUGGGCCGCGCCGCCGGCCUGCUCAUGGGGCUGCGCCGCUCACCCUACCUGUGGCGCCGCGCGCUGCACCCGGCCGCCGAGACCCUGGCCAGGGACACCCUCUCCCCCGGGCCCGCCGCCCGCGAGCCUCCUCUCCUGCCGCCCUCGUGGGUUCAGGAGCUGUGGGAGGCGCAACGCAGGAGCUCCGAGGCAGGGAUCCCCGUCCGUGCGCCCGGGAGCCAGCACGCCCCGGAGCCUGCACGCGAACCUGAGUUCCUGGACUUCGGGGGAGCCGGCCAGAGACUUCGGAGAGACGUCUCCCGCCCAGCCAUGGUCCCCGCAGCAAAUCGCCUUGGCUGGCCCCGCCUGGCCCUCGAACCGUCCUGACAGCGUCCCCACGUCCCCCCGCGCCUCCGCGCCUGACCCAGGAGGAGUUGCUGCGGCUUCCGGGCGCUGCUCACAGCCCCGGCCUGCUCUCCGGUCAAUAAAAUCCACCUGACUCCUGCGCCCCCGC